AUGACCAUCCCCUCUCAGUUCAGGGAUAUUGGCAUGGCCUUUAUGGCAGCCGUGUCUCUUACGGCUGCGGCUCCCUUAACUACGGAGUCGGCCACCUACACGACGUACGACAUGCCACUUGACUGGACCCCACCAGGCUUUACGACCAGUAUAUCUAUGGGGUUACCGGCACAAGACCUUAGUGCUUUCGUGGACUGGACCUGGAUCGGGCAUUUUGUGGUUACUACCACCUGCUAUGGAGACCCCACGGGUAAUGGAGAUAAAUGUCUGAAUCCGUUGCAAGAGCGUUUCUACCCGUCAGCCUCUCAUACCUUCGAACCACUGCCUUCUGAAAGGUCUCUUCAUUGGAAUCCAAACCACUUUUUCGGCACGCUUCCCAUUGAUGCCGACAUCGCCCGAGAGGUGGUCACAGUUGGACCCGUCGAGUUCACGGCGACCAUUCAGGCAUCCGAUGUGCAAUUCGAUGCCAGACAGAUCAUGUUCCCUUUUGCUGCCGUCUUAGGAUUCUCUCCCGUGUUUUCUGACGAUAUGAAGAAUGCAUCGAUCCAAUCCCCUUUCUACCAGGCUUAUGAGGCCGGUGCUUGGAACAACACACAAACGGGAUUCUUGUACUGCUAUGGCACCAAUAAGAGCCCCUGUGAUGGGCACGACGGGAUUCAGACGCUGGGAGGGUACCGAGACGACCUUGUGCAUGGUGAGAUCGAAUGGCACAAUAUCAUCAAGUUCCCCCUGGUCAAUGAUAUUGAUUUUAUAUACCAGCCGCCUGUGUAUAACUACUGGACUGUGGAGCUCUCCGGGUUCGCAAUUGGCGACGAGGAGCUUGCUGUGAAUAAAAGCGCCGGUGCAGUCUUUGACCAUGCCAGCUACGGCCGUGGCGCCCCUGUGUCGCAACAGGGAUACCAAAAGCUGAUUGACAUGGUGAAUGCGGUACCAACGUACCUUAGCCCUUUAGAGCAGCCCAACAAUGCGCAGCAGAUCUUUUACAAGUUUCCCAACAGCGCGAUUGAUAAGCUGAAACCCCUCAAAUACAGAUUCGGUACAUCCAGCCGUGAAUGGAAGAUCCAUCCAUAUAACUAUGUGGUCCCUCAUCCCGUUGACCCAGGCUACUCGAUCUUGAACGUCCGUGCGCUUGGAUGGGAUGACUUUGUUAUUGGGAACUUUGGUGAGACUUUCCUGAUCGACAAAUAUAUCAUCCUGGAUUUCGGUGACCCUGGAUCAUCAUAUAUAAGAGUCGGCCUUGCGGAUGCAAACUAUACCCCUUUCCCUUCGCCCUUGGCCCUUGCGGGCUACGGCUCUGGCACUGCUCAACAACGACUCGGCAGCUUUGGCGCUGCCGAUGGAUAUGAUCCUCGUGGCCAUAGCCAGAUGUUGUUGGCCCCCAAGGGUAAAAUGGCUGGUUUCUAG